AUCCCAUCACUUCCAAAAUUAAAAAUCCCUGCAAAAAAAAAAAGUGUAAUCACAGUAAAAAAAAAACACAGAGCGUGAAGCGAGAGAACGAGCGAGUGAGAGAGAGUGGUGUGAAGGCGAAACCUCGAUCUGGGUUUUGUCCUUUUUUCUUCUUCUCCGUCUCACCCUCGUUUUCCCGACACUCCCAUUUGAUCGGAGCUCGCGCAUUCCGAAGAGUUUCCUCCGACGUCGCUGUGUCGCCGUCGGUGACGAGGUUAGGGCAUAAUGGAGCGGUACGGUCGCGGCGGAGAAGAAGGGUCGCGGUCGGAUCCAUCGCCGGAAUGGUCAGGUCCAGGAGGUGAAACCGGCGUCGAAGCCUCGAUGUGGCGUUUAGGGUUGCGAAGCGGAGGAGAAUCGUACCCGGAGCGACCCGACGAGCCCGAUUGUAUCUAUUACUUGCGAACUGGCGUUUGCGGGUACGGGUCGAGGUGUCGGUUCAAUCACCCACGAGACCGUGGAGCGGUCAUGGGAGCUGCUAGAGGAGAUGCGGGAGAGUUCCCGGAGCGUGUGGGACAGCCAGUGUGUCAGCACUUUAUGAGGACCGGAACGUGUAAGUUUGGUGCUUCUUGCAAGUAUCAUCAUCCAAGGCAAGGAAGCAGUUCGGGUGCCCCUGUGAUGCUUAAUUAUAUGGGAUAUCCAUUACGUCCGGGGGAAAAAGAAUGUUCCUACUACAUGAGAACGGGUCAGUGUAAAUUCGGGGCAACCUGUAGAUUCCACCACCCCGUCCUUCCCGGUGUACAGGUGCCUUCUCCACCACCGCUACCCGCUGCCCAGGUUUCACCUGUGGCUGCUCAAGCUAUUUAUCCGGCUGUUCAGUCUCCAUCUGUUCCUUCGUCCCAGCAAUACGGUGUGGUUAUGGCCCGGCCUCCCCUUUUACCCGGUUCAUACGUUCAAAGCCCUUAUGGACCGAUGGUUCUUCCUCCUGGUAUGGUUCCAUACUCAGGGUGGAACCCAUAUGCGGCUACUGUAAGUGCCAUACCCUCUCCAGGGACUCAACCGUCUAUUGGAUCGAGCUCCAUUUACGGGAUUACACCGUUAUCUCCUUCAGCGCCUGCAUAUACAGGACAGUAUCAGUCCGGGCCUUCUAAUCUGGGCCCUUCAAGUACCCAGAAGGAACAGUUGUUUCCUCAGCGGCCCGGUCAACCUGAAUGCCAAUACUUUAUGAGGACGGGUGACUGUAAAUUCGGAUCCUCAUGCAGAUAUCAUCAUCCUCUGGAUGCGGUUCCACCGAGUUCAAGCCUUAUUCUCAGCCCCAUCAGCCUUCCAAUCCGUCCUGGCGCACCACUAUGCACUCAUUUUGCCCAACACGGCAUCUGCAAGUUUGGACCUGUCUGCAGGUUCGAUCACUCCGUGGGCUCGCUCAGCUACAGCCCCUCUGCUUCUUCACUCACUGACAUGCCGGUUGCACCCUACCCCGUGGGUUCUGCACUUGGCACAUUGGCCCCAUCAUCAUCCUCGUCAGACCUACGACCAGAGCUCAUCUCAAGCUCAAGCAAAGAAACUGUCUCCCCAAAGGCCACAACAAGCGGCUCUGAGACAGCUCCUGCCAGUGCUACUGUGCCAUCACCAACCGUUGGUCUGAGCCACCCAGAGCCACCUGCUCAGACGGCUGGUGACACAGCCGGCAUCAUCAGCAGUAGCAGCAGCUUCGAAGCUCGGUCUUCAUGCUAAAUGGCAAGAUUUCAAAGGCAAAUCUCUCUGUUCCUCGAUAUAUAUAUUUAUAUAUCUCCUCACCCUUACCUUUUCUUCAUCAAACAUCACAUAGAAAUGCUUUUUUGGGGGGGCUCGACAGAACGGAACCGGAGACCAAAAGCUCCGGUCUGUGUUCGCUGCCUGGGACAUAAUGUCCUCUUAGGUCUCUCUGCCAUGUCCAUAUAGAACCCCCUCCACCCCCCUAUACGGCCAUUACUAUAUCUCCCUCUCUUCCCUUUUUUCCCCCUCUUUUUGGGAACGAAGAAUAAUAAAUGGCCCUCCUGGAAAUCCCCAGUUAUUGUUCUUUCCAAAGACUAUUGAAUCUGAGAACUAACUUAAGCUUCUCAGCAA